GGAGCGGGAGGGAGGGAGAGAGAGGGAGAGGGAGAGAGACGGAUAUCUCAGGUCAUCUGCAGCUGCAGCGAGUCUGAGGAGCUGAGGAAGGCAGGGAAGAUGGCGAUCCUCCAUUGCUGAGACCCGGCAGAAGCACAUGAGACUCCCAAACAACUUCCACAACAAUAACCCGAGCAGGAAGAGGAGAAAGAGAAAGAGGAUAAGGAGGCGGUGGGGCUGGAGAACCCGAAGCACCUCCCGGCGCCGGGACGCUUCUUCUGUCCCUAAUGUGAGAGAGUAGACCCGGAUCAUGGAGGUGCUUCAGUGUGAUGGCUGUGAUUUCAGAGCCCCAUCUUAUGAAGACCUCAAAGCACACAUCCAGGAUGUCCACACGGCAUUUCUGCAGCCAACUGAUGUUGCUGAGGACAGUGCUGAUGAGCCGCGAUCCGGGUCCAUAAAUGCCAGCAAUCAGACAGAGGUGGAGUUUUCUUCUAUAAAGGAUGAAUUUGCAAUUGCAGAGGAUUUAUCAGGUCAAAAUGCAGCUGCACUGGGGACGGGAAGUUACUAUGGCCACAGUACAGGAUAUUACAGUCAGCAUAUUGCCGCUAAUCCCAAACCAACGAACAAGUUUUUUCAAUGCAAGUUCUGUGUACGCUAUUUCAGGUCAAAAAACCUCCUUAUAGAACACACUAGGAAGGUCCAUGGAGCUCAAGCUGAAGGGAGCUCAGUAGGACCUCCUGUCCCAGGAUCCUUAAAUUAUAAUAUCAUGAUGCAUGAGGGAUUCGGAAAGGUCUUCUCUUGCCAGUUUUGCACAUACAAGUCACCAAGGAGAGCAAGGAUAAUGAAACAUCAGAAGAUGUAUCACAAAAACAAUUUGAAGGAGUCCAGUGCUCAACCUCCUGCUCCUGCUCCAAUGCCAGACCCCAUGGUUCCACCCGUGUCCCUGCAGGACCCCUGCAAGGAACUGCCGGCAGAGGUUGUGGAGCGCAGCAUCUUAGAAUCCAUGGUCAAACCCUUGACCAAGUCUCGAGGCAACUUUUGCUGUGAGUGGUGCAGCUACCAGACGCCCCGCCGAGAACGUUGGUGUGACCACAUGAUGAAGAAACACCGCAGCAUGGUCAAGAUCCUCUCCAGCCUCAGACAGCAACAAGAAGGGACAAAUAUGCCAGAGGUGCAGACGAAUGACCCCAGCCCCACUUCCAACUCCACCUAUCUGUCCAUGAAUGCUGCAAGCCGGGAGAUACCCAACACUACCGUCUCUAGCUAUAGAGGCUCCAUCAGCAACUCCAUCAUGAGACCCAAUUCUUCAGCUUCCAAGUUUUCAUCCAUGUCUUACCCUCAGAUGAAGCCGAAGUCACCUCACAAUUCUGGCCUUGUUAACUUGGCAGAGAGAUCCCGGUAUGGAAUGACUGACAUGGCCAAUUCUUCAGCUGACCUGGAAACUAACAGCAUGCUCAAUGACUCUAGUUCUGAUGAUGAGUUAAAUGAAAUAGACAGUGAGAAUGGUUUAAAUGCCAUGGAUCACCAGGCAUCAGUCAUGUCUGCAGAGCAGCUGAUGGGCUCCGAUGGCAACAAACUAUUGGAGACCAAGGGCAUUCCGUUUAGGAGAUUCAUGAACAGGUUCCAGUGCCCCUUUUGUCCUUUCCUCACCAUGCAUCGACGUAGCAUCUCCCGUCACAUAGAAAACAUCCACUUAUCUGGAAAGACAGCUGUCUACAAAUGUGACGAAUGUCCGUUUACUUGCAAGAGCUCCUUGAAACUUGGGGCUCACAAACAGUGUCACACGGGUACAACAUCAGAUUGGGAUGCUGUGAAUUCCCAGAGUGAAAGCAUUUCUUCCUCUCUGAAUGAAGGUGUGGUAUCCUAUGAAAGUCCCAGCAUCAAUGGCAGAAAGGUAGGGGUCAUGUUGGAUCCUUUGCAGCAACCACCACCACCACCGCCACCGCCCCCACCGCCACCAUCACAGCCACAGACACUGCAGCAGCCACCACCCCAGCUACAGCCACCUCAUCAGGUGCCACCUCAGCCACAGCCACCACCAACGCAGCCGCCGCCCCCUCCCACACAGGGCCCACCCCUCCACCCUUACAAAUGCACCAUGUGCAAUUACUCCACCAUGACCCUGAAAGGGCUACGGGUCCAUCAGCAGCAUAAACAUUCGUUCUGUGACAACUUGCCAAAAUUCGAGGGGCAGCCCUCAAGCCUACCAUUGGAAAAUGAGACAGACAGCCACCCCUCUUCCAGCAACACUGUGAAGAAAAGUCAGACCUCAAUUCUUGGGUUGUCCUCCAAGAACAAUUUUGUAGCUAAGGCCUCUAGAAAGCUUGCUAACGACUUUCCCCUCGAUUUAUCACCUGUGAAGAAGAGAACCAGGAUUGAUGAGAUAGCAAGCAACCUGCAGAGCAAAAUCAACCAGACAAAACAGCAGGAAGAUGCGGUGAUCAAUGUGGAGGACGAUGAAGAGGAAGAAGAAGACAAUGAGGUGGAGAUAGAGGUUGAGCUGGACAGGGAAGAAGAGUCGGCAGAGCCCAUCAUGGAGGUGCCCACUCCCUUUUCAGCCCAGCAGAUUUGGGUGAGAGAUACCAGUGAGCCCCAGAAAGAAUCCAACUUCAGAAACGUCACCCACGAUUACAAUGCGACCAAUGGGGCUGAGAUUGAGCUCACCCUUUCUGAAGAUGAGGAGGAUUAUUAUGGCUCUUCAGCAAACAUGAAAGAUCACCAAGUUUCCAACACUGCUCUGCUGAAUACCCAAACACCUAUCUAUGGAACUGAGCAUACUAAUGAAAAUACGGACUUUGGUGACUCUGGAAGGCUUUACUAUUGCAAACACUGUGACUUUAACAACAAAUCCGCCCGGAGUGUUAGCACCCACUACCAACGAAUGCACCCGUACAUUAAAUUCAGCUUCAGGUACAUCUUGGACCCCAAUGAUCACAGUGCGGUGUACAGGUGCCUGGAAUGCUACAUCGAUUACACCAACUUUGAAGAUCUCCAGCAGCAUUACGGCGAGCACCACCCAGAAGCCAUGAAUGUACUGAACUUUGACCAUUCCGACCUGAUCUACCGGUGUCGGUUCUGUUCAUACACAAGCCCAAAUGUCAGAAGCCUGAUGCCACAUUACCAAAGAAUGCAUCCCACAGUUAAGAUUAACAAUGCGAUGAUAUUUUCAAGCUACGUCGUGGAGCAGCAAGAAGGGCUGAGUACUGAAUCCCAGACCCUGAGGGAGAUUCUGAAUUCGGCUCCCAAGAACAUGGCGACCUCCACACCCGUGGCUCGUGGUGGUAGUAUGUCCUCUGCGUUUAAUAAAAACACUCCUUCAAAGUCCUUUACUCCUGAAUGUGAAAACCAGAAGGACCCUUCGGUCAACACUGUUGUCGUUUACGAUUGUGACGUUUGCUCAUUUGCAAGCCCCAACAUGCAUUCUGUCUUGGUUCAUUACCAGAAGAAACACCCUGAAGAAAAGGCUUCCUACUUUAGGAUCCAGAAAACCAUGCGAAUGGUGUCUGUGGACAGGGGCUCUGCCCUUUCUCAAUUAUCAUUUGAGGUGGGUGCUCCAAUGUCUCCCAAAAUGUCCAACAUGGGUUCCCCACCCCCCCCACAACCCCCGCCACCAGACCUCAGUACUGAGCUUUACUACUGCAAACACUGCUCCUACAGCAAUCGGUCAGUUGUGGGAGUGCUUGUCCACUACCAGAAAAGACACCCAGAAAUAAAGGUUACUGCCAAAUAUAUCAGACAGGCUCCUCCCACAUCUGCAAUGAUGAGAGGGGCCGAAGGGCCCCAAGGCUCCCCCCGGCCACCUGCCCCCCUGCCGCAGCUGAACCGAAGCAGCUCUGAGAGAGAUGGCCCUCCUGUGGAGAAUGAGAUGUUCUUUUGCCAGCACUGUGAUUACGGGAACCGGACGGUCAAAGGUGUCCUCAUUCAUUACCAGAAGAAGCACCGAGACUUCAAGGCCAACGCAGAUGUGAUCCGGCAGCACACAGCCACCAUCCGGAGCCUCUGUGACCGCAACCAGAAGAAGCCUGCCAGCUGUGUGCUCAUGUCCCCCUCAAACAUGGAGCGGGACAAAACUAAGUUGCGAGCACUCAAGUGUAGGCAGUGUUCGUAUACCUCCCCCUACUUCUAUGCACUGAGGAAACACAUCAAGAAAGACCACCCCGCCCUAAAGGCCACAGUCACGUCCAUCAUGCGAUGGGCAUUUCUAGACGGCUUGAUAGAAGCUGGCUACCAUUGCGAGUGGUGCAUCUAUUCCCACACGGAGCCCAGUGGUUUGCUCCUGCAUUACCAAAGGAGGCACCCAGAGCAUUACGUUGAUUACACUUACAUGGCUACCAAACUCUGGGCUGGGCCAGACCCGUCCUCUCCCUCUCUCACGAUGCCAGCCGAAGCCAAAACCUACAGAUGCAGGGACUGUGUGUUUGAAGCUGUUUCCAUCUGGGACAUCACCAAUCACUACCAAGCAUUCCACCCCUGGGCCAUGAACGGUGAUGAGUCAGUGCUGCUGGAUAUCAUCAAAGAAAAGGACGCCAUCGAGAAGCCCAUUCUUCCCUCUGAAGAGUUGACAGGCCCCGUGAAUUGUGAAAAUAGUAUGCCCACCCCUCUCCCAGAGCAGGAAGCCGAAUGCCCCGAGGACGUGAGACUUUCCCCCGAGAAAAGCAUGCAUCUGGCUUCAGCCAACCCUGCCAUUUCCUCUACCCCGUACCAGUGUACGGUGUGCCAGUCUGAGUACAACAACUUGCAUGGGCUUCUCACCCAUUAUGGGAAGAAGCACCCCGGCAUGAAGGUGAAGGCUGCUGACUUUGCCCAGGACAUCGACAUCAACCCGGGUGCCGUCUAUAAAUGUAGGCAUUGCCCGUACAUCAACACCCGCAUCCACGGCGUCCUGACCCACUACCAGAAGCGACACCCAUCCAUCAAGGUGACCGCUGAGGACUUUGUGCACGACGUGGAGCAGUCAGCUGACAUAUCCCAGAAUGACGUGGAGGAGACCAGCAGGAUCUUCAAGCAAGGCUACGGCGCCUACCGGUGCAAGCUGUGUCCGUACACGCACGGCACUUUGGAGAAGCUCAGGAUCCACUACGAGAAGUAUCACAAUCAGCCUGAAUUUGAUGUCUUUUCCCAGUCGCCCCCGAAGCUGCCGGUCCCCCUUGAGCCCGAGAUGACCACUGAAGUGAGCCCCUCCCAGGUCUCCAUCACCGAGGAGGAGGUGGGAGAGGAGCCUGUGUCCACGUCUCACUUCUCUACCUCGCACCUGGUCUCCCACACGGUAUUCCGGUGUCAGCUCUGUAAGUACUUCUGCUCGACGAGGAAGGGGAUCGCCAGGCACUAUCGCAUCAAGCACAACAACGUCCGAGCCCAACCCGAGGGCAAGAACAACCUCUUCAAGUGUGCCCUGUGUGCCUACACCAACCCCAUCCGAAAAGGGCUGGCCGCCCACUACCAGAAGCGCCAUGACAUCGAUGCCUAUUACACUCACUGCCUGGCGGCCUCCAGGACCAUCAGUGACAAACCCAACAAGGUGAUCAUCCCGUCCCCGCCCAAGGACGACUCCCCUCAACUGAGCGAGGAACUCCGGAGGGCAGUGGAGAAGAAGAAGUGUUCCCUGUGUGCCUUCCAGUCGUUCAGCAAGAAGGGCAUCGUGUCCCAUUACAUGAAGCGCCACCCUGGGGUGUUCCCCAAGAAGCAGCACGCCAGCAAGUUGGGGGGCUACUUCACGGCCGUGUAUGCAGACGAGCACGAGAAGCCCCCACUCAUGGAAGAGGAGGAGAGAGGCAGCUUUGAGAAAGCCGAGGUGGAAGGCGAAGGGCAGGAAAUCGAGUGGCUCCCGUUCCGCUGCAUCAAAUGCUUCAAGCUGUCCUUCAGCACGGCGGAGCUGCUGUGCAUGCAUUACACUGACCACCACAGUCGGGACCUCAAGAGGGACUUCGUCAUUCUGGGCAACGGCCCCCGCUUGCAGAACUCAGCCUACCAGUGUAAGCACUGUGAUAGCAAACUGCAAAGCACAGCCGAGCUGACCUCACACUUGAGCAUUCACAAUGAGGAAUUCCAGAAGCGUGCCAAACGUCAGGAGAGGAGGAAACAGCUUUUGAGCAAGCAGAAAUAUGCAGAUGGUGCUUUUGCAGAUUUCAAACAAGAGAGGCCUUUUGGUCACUUAGAAGAGGUGCCAAAGACCAAGGAGAGGAAAGUGGUGGGCUACAAAUGUAAAUUCUGUGUGGAAGUGCACCCAACGCUCCGAGCCAUCUGCAAUCACCUCCGAAAGCACGUCCAAUAUGGCAGUGUCCCAGCUGUGUCAGCCGCUGUGAAGGGGCUGCGUUCUCAUGAGAGGAGCCACCUGGCCCUGGCCAUGUUCACCCGAGAGGACAAGUACAGCUGCCAGUAUUGCUCCUUUGUCUCUGCUUUCAGGCACAAUUUGGAUCGCCACAUGCAAACCCACCACGGACACCAUAAACCAUUCCGAUGCAAACUCUGCUCCUUCAAGUCCUCCUAUAACAGCCGGCUGAAAACGCAUAUACUCAAAGCUCACGCUGGUGAACAUGCCUACAAGUGCUCCUGGUGCUCGUUUUCCACCAUGACAAUCAGCCAGUUGAAGGAACACUCCCUCAAGGUCCACGGCAAAGCCCUGACCCUCCCCAGACCCCGGAUCGUCAGCCUGCUCUCCUCACACGCCCACCACUCCUCCCAAAAAGCUACCCCAACUGAAGACGUGGAAGACUCCAAUGACUCGUCUUACUCUGAGCCUCCAGAUGUUCAGCAGCAGUUGAACCACUAUCAGUCAGCUGCCCUGGCAAGAAACAACAGCCGUGUUAGCCCUGUGCCUCUGUCUGGGGCCAAUGCUGGCACCGAGCAGAAAACCGAAGCCGUUCUCCACUGCGAAUUCUGUGAAUUCUCCUCCGGCUACAUCCAGAGCAUCAGGCGUCAUUACCGGGACAAGCACGGUGGGAAGAAGCUUUUCAAGUGCAAAGACUGCUCCUUCUAUACGGGCUUCAAAUCUGCUUUUACGAUGCACAUGGAAGCUGGGCAUUCGGCGGUUCCCGAGGAAGGCCCCAAAGACCUUCGCUGUCCUCUCUGCCUCUAUCACACCAAAUACAAGCGCAACAUGAUCGACCACAUCGUGCUGCACCGAGAAGAGCGAGUUGUCCCCAUUGAAGUGUGCCGUUCCAAACUGUCAAAAUACUUGCAGGGAGUAGUUUUCCGCUGUGAUAAGUGCACCUUCACCUGCUCCAGUGACGAGAGCCUCCAGCAGCACAUAGAAAAGCACAAUGAACUGAAACCUUACAAAUGCCAGCUCUGCUACUACGAGACCAAGCACACAGAGGAACUGGACAGCCACCUCCGGGACGAGCAUAAGGUGAGCCGUAACUUUGAGCUGGUUGGACGGGUUAACUUGGAUCAGCUGGAACAGAUGAAAGAAAAAAUGGAGAGCUCCAGCAGUGAUGACGAGGACAAGGAAGAGGAAAUGAACAGCAAGGCUGAAGACAGAGAGCUGAUGAGAUUUUCUGACCGUGCGGCUGCUAUUAAUAUGGAGAAGCGUUUUCCAUGUGAAUUUUGUGGACGGGCAUUUUCACAGGGCUCUGAAUGGGAAAGACAUGUGUUGAGACACGGCAUGGCAUUGAAUGACACCAAGCAGGUGAGCAGAGAAGAAAUUCACCCGAAGGAGAUUGUGGAAGACGGCAUUAAGAUGCCCUCCAUAGAGGAAAAAGAAGACGAUGAGGCUAUGGGGUUGGACUUUUCCUUAAAGAGUGAAACAGUAGCCAUCUGUUUAGUAGCUGCCAACAAAUCUCUCUUGGAUAAUGCAGAGGCCAAAAAAGAAUAAGUGUUUGGUGAAAAUCUUAAAUCAAACCUUACUUGAACAGUGAUGAAAAAGUGGGAGGGCCGGCUUGGGCUGAGAAGGGAGGGACAGAAACGAGAAGACAGAACAAAGCUGCUUUUUAGGACUGAACAAUCUAUUUUCAAAGCACUGGUACCUGUGUGAGUGAGUAUGUAAAUUAAAGUUAUUUAAAUGGUUGGAAUAUGUGGCUCCUUUUCCAUCACUACAUCUUUUCUUCCGGACCUUCAUGGUGGAAGUUUCAUUUGUUGCGGAACACGGAAGCACCUCCCAAGGGCACGGUGGUGGUCUUGGACGUACGUGGAAACAGAAGCUCCAUGACCGUAGAAGACUUCUCGUAGGGGAACAACUUUCCGACGCGCAACUUUCAGUGCGUUUUUCUAGUUUUAAUACCUUAAGCUUUUUCAAGACCUAACUGCAGCCGCUUUGGGGAGAAAAAAAACAAAAAACAAAAACAGAAAAAAAAA